GUUUCACACAGCCUGCAGCUAUAAAUAGCUUACCUUCCCAGCCAUCGUAUUACCCUUCCAAUGGAUAUCAGUCUGGUUAUCCUGUUGUUCCCCCUCCUCAACAACCAGUUCAGCCACCGUAUGGUGUACCAGGCAUAGUACCACCUGCAGCGCCACUGGCCCCGGGAGUCUUACCAACGCUACCUGCGGGCGUUCCGCCUGUGCCGACGCAGUAUCCCAUAUCUCAGGUCCAGCCUCCAGCCAGCACUGGCCAGAGUCCACUGAGUGGUCCUUUUCUUCCUGCUGCCCCUGUAAAAACAACCAUGCCGACUGGGACUCAGCCACAAGUCCAACCCCAUCCCCAAGGUCAAAAGAGACGCUUCACUGAGGAACUACCGGAUGAGGGAGAGUCAGGACUGCUGGGAUAUCAGCAUGGACCCAUUCAUAUGACUAAUUUAGGUACAGGCUUCUCCAGUCAGAGUGAAAUCGAUGGAGCCGGAUCGAAGCCAGCAAGUUCCUCAGGAAAGGAGAGAGAGAGGGACAGGCAGUUGAUGCCUCCGCCAGCUUUUCCUGUCACUGGGAUGAAAUCGGAAUCUGAAGAAAGAAAUGGUGCGGGGUCGUUACCAGGCAACCAUGAUCAUCAAGCCAAGAAGAUGAAAACUGCAGAGAAGGGCUUUGGGUUAGUGGCAUAUGCUGGAGAUUCGUCAGAUGAAGAGGAGGAACACGGUGGCCAUAAAAACGCAAGUACUUUUUCACAGGGAUGGAGUUUGGGAUACCAGUACCCGUCCUCACAACAGCGAGCUAAACAACAGAUGCCAUUUUGGAUGGCACCGUAGAAGCUGCAGAA